GCUGUGACAUGUCGUUAGCUGUGUACCCAGCUCUGUGAGUGUGUGAUGUGCAGCUUCUUGUGCUUAUUCUCACAGGUUGAAGAAGACUUUGGGCAUCACAUUUCAACCUGGAGACAUUGUGCAAUGUGAUAGUGCAGGAUGUGUGUGUGUGUGUGAUGUCCCAGGUCCUGUUUCACAGCAGCAAUUACACACAGAGAGAGACAGAUGCGACUUGCGACUAACAGCCAGCGAAGCAUUGAAAGCCUCUGACAGGAUGUUAGACUUCAGGAACGUUCUGUGGUCUCGUCUGGCUCCGUCUCAGCAAAGGAAAACAGAGAUCCGAACUUAGAGGUGCUCUGGGUCUGAACCCAGCAGAUAUUGGUGGCUGCUGUGCUAAAUAAUUGAUCACACUGCUAGAGAGGAUUAAAAAAUAUGAAGACAGAAGUGAUGGUUUGGAUAAGCCUUUUGGUGCAAGUGUGCCAUGGUGCUCAGGGUCAUUAUGCCCAAAAACUUUUGAAUGACCUGAUGCAGGACUACUCCAACGCCCUGAGACCUGUCGAUGACACAGACAAGGCCCUCAACGUCUCCCUUCAAAUCACGCUGUCACAGAUCAAAGACAUGGAUGAAAGAAACCAGGUAUUGACCACCUACCUGUGGAUCAGGCAGGUCUGGUAUGAUGCCUACCUGAAGUGGGACAAAGAGGACUACGACGACUUAGAGAUGAUAAACAUCCCCAGUGAUUUGGUCUGGAAACCGGACAUUGUUCUUUACAACAAAGCAGAUGAAGAGUCCUCAGAAGCGCCCAGCACUAAUGUAAAGCUGCGUUACAAUGGAGAGAUUGUGUGGGACUCUCCGGCCAUCACGAAGAGCUCAUGUGUGGUGGACGUCUCCUACUUUCCCUUUGACUGGCAGUCAUGCAAUCUAACCUUUGGCUCCUGGACCUACAAUGGCAACCAGUUGGACAUCAGUUUGGGGAUGGACAGCGGCGAUUUGUCUGACUUUGUAGAGAACGUGGAGUGGGAAUGUCACGGCAUGCCUGCGGUCAGGAAUGUCAUGAUGUAUGGAUGCUGCUCGGACCCGUACACAGAAAUCACCUAUACCCUGCUUCUGAAGCGUCGCUCCUCCUUUUACAUAUUCAACCUGCUCCUGCCCUGCUUUCUCAUCUCAUUUCUGGCCCCUCUGGGAUUCUAUUUGCCAGCUGACUCUGGAGAGAAGGUGUCCCUGGGUGUUACGGUGCUGCUGGCACUAACUGUGUUCCAACUGCUGGUGGCUGAGAGCAUGCCUCCUGCAGAAAGCAUGCCCUACAUAGGGAAGUACUACAUUGCCACCAUGACUAUGAUCACAGCCUCCACAUCCCUUACCAUCUUCAUCAUGAACAUCCAUUUCUGUGGUGCAGAAGCCAAGCCGGUUCCUCACUGGGCCAAGGUGCUAAUCAUCGACUACAUGUCGAAAAUCUUUUUCGUCUAUGAAGUAGGAGAGAACUGCACAACACCCGAGAGCGAGAGGACCCCGCUCUAUCCAGAGGAACCCUCGAGUGACAAGGGUUGCUACUAUGAAGACAGCUUCCAUAAUGGCUUCUACCAACAUGACAGCAACCCGUACAAGUACAGCAAUGGCCAAUCUGCCCAUCAUCCCAACAAGAAUUACAGAAGCCAGGCGAACGGAAACACCAAUGGUAGAUACAACUUGUACAACAAUCACAACAACCAUGCUUCCACCAUGCAGAGGGGUGAAAUCAAACAAGAGCCCACACAACACUAUCACCACAUCAGACGGGACGAACUGGACUACCAGGCUCCUCCACACCACCCCCGAAACCUUCAGCACCUGAACGGGGGGUUUAAAGAGCAAAAUCUCUAUGCAGCAGAAAAGAUUCAGCUCCCAUCUUGCCCCUGUUGCUGCCCCUGCCUUCAACAUAAACAGGUGGUGAAAAACAUCCAGUACAUUGCCAACUGCUUCAGGGAGCAGAGAGCCACAUGUGCAAAGGUAGCAGAGUGGAAAAAAGUUGCCAAGGUGAUGGACAGAUUUUUCAUGUGGAUCUUCUUCAUCAUGGUGUUUCUCAUGAGCAUCCUCAUUAUCGCCAAGGCAUCUUGACAGAGCCUUCAUCAACAAUAGUCCUCAGUGUUACUACAUUCAAAUAUGUCAACAUCAGAUAAGACUAUUGUUAUCACAAAGAGACAGUGUGUGUAUGUGAGUCUGGUUGAAUUUCUUUGGUCUGAUCACUCUGCUGCACACAGAUUUAACCACUUCACUUAAACUCACCUAAACCCUCCCCCAGCCCUGUUGGGUAGUUAAAGUCAGGUGUACCUGCAUGUGUCACGAUGCGCCGGAGCUGUAAGACAAUCCCGGCCCUUGCCUCGAACAUGCAUGGACUCUGCAUUAUUGACAAGCUAACAGUCAGACAACCAGCUGUAGGCAUUAUGUUUCUGACAAUAAGCAACCAGAUGCUGUUUCCAACUUUGCUCUCCAUAUUAUACAAGCAGCAAAGGAAAUAUUUUAAUAUGACUCAAUGAGAAUUAUGUGCUUUAUGCAUGAUAGAAAUCAAUAAUGCAGUCUGGUCAGUUUUUAUUAAAACACAAAGCAGAGGUCUGAAUAUUUCUUUAUUUAU